AUGUCCGAGAAGCCACCGUACGUCGUCCCGCCCACAGCCGACUCAUCUUCUACCGCCCGUCCUGCCACGUUCAUCUUCCUUCAUGGCUAUGGAGACGACGCCGAAGGCCUCCCGCUGGGGCUGGCACAACAAUUCCAGUUCUACAACAAGAUGCAAUAUCUGAAAUGGGUCCUUCCGAAUGCACCACACAAUCACGAGGCCAUGACCCGGGCAUGGUAUGUUCCCAAGGCCUUGCCCAAUGCCAUGAAGCCCCGAGUGCCUGGCCACGAAGACGAGGAGGAUGCCCCGGAUGACGAGGCUGGGAUUAUGCAGAGCGUGGAUGUGGUGGACCGGCUUGUCGAGCAGGAGAUCAAAAACGGGACACCUCCAGAAAGGAUUGUCGUUGGCGGAUUCAGUCAAGGUUGUGCAGUGAGCUUGGUUUGGGGUCUGACAGGGAGACUCAGAAACAAAGUCGCGGGAAUGCUCUGUUUGUCCGGGUACCUGCCUCUGCGGGAUCGGAUAGCGGAACUGAGAAAUGAGAGGGGAACCCAGGACGACGACAAGGACUCGAAAAAAUGGUUCUACGUUCAUGGCACAAUGGACAUGCUGGUCCCCACAAAGUUCUUCGUGCAAGGCAAGGAAGAACUGGCAAAAUGGGUGGACAAGGAGAAUAUCGAAGAGCAUCUGUACCAGGGCAUGGGCCAUUCUACGAAUUCAGCCGAGUUGAGAGAUAUGCUGGCAUUCUUUGAAAAGGUCAUCCCUGAAUGA